AUGAGUGGAGUGGAUUUUAGAGGAGGUGUGGUAAAUUUUAAUGCUAUUACUUCAUCACUAGCUACACCUGAAAGUACCAGACUGGUAAUUCCUGCUUUGGACCAGCCCCGCCCACUUCCAGACUGGUACUUCCUGCUUUGGACCAGCCCCACCCACUUCCAGACUGGUACUUCCUGCUUUGGACCAGCCCCACCCACUUCCAGACUGGUACUUCCUGCUUUGGACCAGCCUCACCCACUUACAGAUUGGUACUUCCUGCUUUGGACCAGCCUCACCCACUUCCAGACUGGUACUUCCUGCUUUGGACCAGCCUCACCCACUUCCAGACUGGUACUUCCUGCUUUGGACCAGCCCACCCACUUCCAGACUGGUACUUCCUGCUUUGGACCAGCCCACCCACUUCCAGACUGGUACUUCCUGCUUUGGACCAGCCCCACCCACUUCCAGACUGGUACUUCCUGCUUUGGACCAGCCCCACCCACUUCCAGACUGGUACUUCCUGCUUUGGACCAGCCCCACCACUUCCAGACUGGUACUUCCUGCUUUGGACCAGCCCCACCACUUCCAGACUGGUACUUCCUGCUUUGGCCCAGCCUCACCCACUUCCAGACUGGUACUUCCUGCUUUGGACCAGCCCCACCCACUUCCAGACUCUUCCUGCUUCAGACCUGUCCAUCCUCAUGUAGUUACAAAUGUUGA